GCUAGGCGUCUCCACCAUUGGUAGCCGCCAGAACGUCUGAUUAUCAGACAAUGCGAACCGCGGUUCGACGGCAAGUCGAAGCCGGAACAACGACGUCAUCCGAACGUAGAGGCACUAAGUAGCGAGCGACAGGACAGCAACAGCUUCCCAACCAUCUUGUUCAGUUGAUCUCAAUUGACUCAAUUUCAUCCCGCCCAAUAAAUUCACAGUGAUACAAAUAACGUGAGUGUCAACAAACAGUCAAUUGCACCAGGUUGAAGCCGACGACUGUCCGAUCUAAGACGGCUCUUGGCAUCCCCGUCGUACCGCCGUGCCUCGGGCCUCCGCACUUCCAUGCGGAGUUACCUCCUUAUUGCACGCAAUCCAUUGCCAGGUCCCGUCGUUCUGCACCCCUCGGGAUGGCUUUCGUACACAGAGCUCUGUUUUCCGCCUCACGGGCAGCCGCAGCAAAGUCUCAAUUUCGGCGGUCAGCGCUGCCAGUCAUCGUAGCCAACCCUUUCUCGCGCCUCUCAUCCACCAUGACUCCCAGGCUCAAGGACCCAUCCCUGUUUAAGCAGGAUGUAUGUUAUGUCAAUGGGGAGUGGGUGAAGGCCAAGUCUGGCAAGACAUUCGAAGUGCACGACCCAGCCACGGGCCAGCUCAUCGGCACCUGCCCCGAGUUUGACGCCCAAGACACACAGAAAGCCAUUCAAGCAGCUGAAGGGGCGUUCGAAGAGUUCCGUCACCGGACAGGGCGCGAGCGCUCCAAGCUGCUCCGAAAAUGGUACGACCUGAUGGUCGAAAACGCCGACGACCUGGCAACCCUAAUCACCUGGGAGAACGGCAAGCCGACGGCGGACGCCAAGGGUGAGGUGACGUACGCGGCCAACUUCUUUGAAUGGUUCAGCGAGGAAGCCCCACGCAUCUAUGGCGACACAAUCCCCUCGUCCGUCCCGGGGAACCGCGUGUUCACCGUCAAGGAGCCCGUCGGCGUCUGCGGGCUCAUCACGCCUUGGAACUUCCCGGCCGCCAUGAUCACCCGCAAGGUCGGACCGGCCCUUGCCGUCGGCUGCACCGUCGUGGUCAAGGCGCCCGGCGAGACGCCCUACACUCCGCUCGCCCUCGCAGAGCUCGCCCACCGCGCCGGCAUCCCCAAGGGCGUGGUUAACGUCAUCACCGCGGCCCAAAACACCGCCGAGGUGGGCCAGGAGCUCACCACGAACCCGACAGUCCGCAAGAUCUCCUUCACCGGCUCGACGCCCGUCGGCAAGCUGCUCAUGAAGCAGUGCUCCGGCACGCUCAAGAAACUCUCGCUCGAGCUGGGCGGGAACGCUCCCUUUAUCGUAUUCGACGACGCCGACGUCGACCUGGCGGUCGCGGGGGCGGUCGCGUCCAAGUUCCGGUCGUCGGGCCAGACGUGCGUGUGCGCCAACCGCAUCUUCGUGCAGCGCGGCAUCUACGACGAGUUCGCCGCCAAGUUCGCCGCCAAAGUGCGCGAGUUCAAGGUCGGCAACGGCUUCGACCAGGGCGUCACCCACGGCCCGCUCAUCCACGCCCGCGCCAUCGACAAGGUCGAACAGCACGUGCGCGAUGCCGAGCAGAAGGGCGCCAGGGUGGUCCUGGGCGGGCACAAGCUGCCCGAUCUGGGGCCCAACUUCUUCCAGCCGACCGUGCUGACCGGCAUGACGACCGACAUGGCCAUGGCGGCGGAGGAGACGUUUGGGCCCGUGGCCGGGCUGUUUCCGUUCGACACCGAGGAGGAAGUAGUGCGGAUCGCGAACUCCACUCCGGUCGGGCUGGCCGGCUACUUCUUCUCGAGGGACCUGCACCGCGUGUAUCGCGUGGCGGAGCACCUGGAGGUGGGCAUGGUGGGCGUGAAUACGGGGCUGAUCUCGGACCCGGCGGCGCCGUUCGGCGGCGUAAAGGAGAGCGGAUUUGGCAGGGAAGGGUCGUUGUAUGGCAUCGGGGAGUACCAGGUCACGAAGAUGAUCACGUACGGUGGGAUGGGGAAGCCACUGCAAAAAUGAGCAUGAGGUAGGAUGGACGAUGUGAUAUCGCGACGGGAAUGAGCGAUUGGGUCUGUAAAUAUACCUUACCUGAGUGUUGUUGGCUCGAAAUGGAAGAUUAUAUCAAGGUGACAUCUCUAUAUACAGAGUACCUACCUGUAUUUUACUUGGCAUUACCUCCCCUUGUAAACAUUUAAAAUCGUCACAGCUCAUUCCAAGUGUUAGGUACGCUUGCGCGGG